UCUCACACUGUGUGUUUUGUCUGUUUUUCUCUCCCAAGGUCCCGUUUCCCUCUGUGCGGCGGCCGGCGGGACUAUAAGGGCUUAACUCAUAUAUUUAACCCCCCUCCAAAAAGGUUUCGUUGGAAGGAAUUAUGCAAAUCCUGCUUUCUGGUGUCCAUUCAGCGGCAAUUUCAUGCGGGUUUGAAAGUAUUCUUGAAGGGCUGUUUGGACCUGCAUUAGUAAAAGAUCUCAGUUUACUUAAAGACUGUGAACCUGAAAGAAUUUCUGAUUGGACUUUUGAUGAAAAUUGUCUUUUCUGUUGCUUGAGAAGAGAUAAAGUAAAGGGACACUUAGUCGGUCUGGAUGAACCAGCUUCGGGAGCUGGGCAAGAAGCUCUGCCUAAACAAGAACAAGCAAAAAUCAUUCGAUUCGAGAGACAAGCAGAAGAGUUCAUCAAUGCAGUCUUUUAUAGAAAAGACAGUCCCUGGGUCUCCGACCCCAAUAUUCCCCUAGUGGCCCGUGAGAUCAUGCAGCGAAUGAUCCAACAAUUUGCUGCUGAAUAUACCUCAAAAAAUAGCUCUACUCAGGACCCCAGCCAGCCCAAUAGCACAAAGAACCAAAGCCUGCCGAAAGCAUCUCCAGUCACCACCUCUCCCACGGCUGCAACUACUCAGAACCCUGUGCUCAGCAAACUUCUCAUGGCUGACCAAGACUCACCUCUGGACCUUACUGUCAGAAAGUCUCAGUCAGAACCUAGCGAACAAGACGGUGUACUCGAUCUCUCCACUAAGAAAAGUCCAUGUGCUGGCAGCACUACCCUGAGCCAUUCUCCAGGCUGCUCCAGUACUCAAGGGAACGGUGAGAAUUCAACAGAAGUGGUAGCCGCAGAUCCUAACAAUCAGUCAAAGUCGCCACUGGAGAAGUUUAUGGUCAAACUGUGUACUCAUCAUCAGAAGCAAUUCAUUCGUGUUCUGAGUGACCUGUACACUGAAUCUCAGCCAGAUACUGAGGACCUGCAGCCUUCUGAUUCUGGAUCAAUGGAUGCAUCCACUUGCAAUGCUGGCUGUGCCCAGCUAAGCACCAAACAUAAGAAAAAGGAUGCUCUGUGUCUCGACAUGAAGUCUCCUACUCCUGUCGAUUUGUUCCUAGACCCACCAGGCUCUCACAGCCCUCUGCACUUGACAGAACAGACCCUGACGGAGCCUCUUCCUGAAACAAACUCUGUAGAUGGGAGGGAGAAUGUCUUGACUGUUGUCCAGAAGGAUCCCUCUGAACUUCCAACCACUAAACCUAACUCUGGCAGUUCAAUGGAUAGUUCUACUCUGGGUUACCUCACUGAAUCGAAUUCUUCCUCCUUGAACUUCUACCAUGUCUCUAAAAGCUUGGAGGGGCAAACCACUGGACAGGAGCAAGACACGAAUGCGAACAUGUGUGAGGACAGUAAGGACCACAUGCAGAGUUCAGCUUUAGUAGAAGGCCUAAUUGCGGUGAAAGUGGCCACUGAGAAUAGUGAGGAGGGCAGUAGCUGUCCUGUUUCUCAAAGAAAUUCAUUCAAAGCUUUAUCAGAAGAGGCUUGGGACUCAGGGUUUAUGGGGAAUUCUUCUAGGACUGCUGACAAAGAGAAUGCUUUACAGUGUAGCUCAAAAACACCUUUGCGCCAGGAUGUAGAGGCAAAUGAACAAGACGCAAGGCCAAAGCAAGAGCAUAGUCUUCACUCACUCGGAAGACAUAAGAUGGGUUACCACUUAUAUCCCAGUGAAAAGGGCCAGUGUGAUCAUUCCAAAGACGGUCGGUUAGCUCCCAGCCCCGUACCAGCUCUACACAAAGCAUCUAACGGACACCCACGCACCAAGAUGCUGUCAACCUCCAUUAAGACAGCUCGGAAAAGCAAAAGGUCAUCAGGGUUGAGGAUAAACGAUUAUGACAACCAGUGUGAUGUUGUUUAUAUCAGUCAGCCCAUAACAGAAUGCCACUUUGAGAAUCAGAGAUCAACACUGUCUUCUCGGAAAACAGCCAGAAAGAGCACCCGCGGAUACUUUUUCAACGGCGAUUGUUGCGAGCUGCCAACCGUUCGCACACUGGCCAGAAAUCUACACUCGCAGGACAAAGCAAGCUGCUCCACACUGGCAUUGGAGGCUGUGGUCACUCCCAAGCAAGCUCUUACAGUUCCAGCCCCUCGACUUCCAGUAGAUGGGCUGCUCCCCAGAGAAGAUAGGCCUGAAGAGCCCAGAAAGGAAUUAACUUCUCUCAAGGAAGGAGAUGGAGACACUUCAUCUGAAAAAGAGGCUCAGGAGCCCGAGAUUUGCCCUGUGCUGAAUGAAUCCAACCCGAGCAGCCCUCCUAGAUCAGAGGGAUCGACAGCCUCCAGCCUGGCCCAGCCUGCCCCUGUUCAACUUCCUGAGGAAGACAUGCCGGAAGGCAGUGGCACGGCCGUGGUUCCUGCAGCGAGCGUGGUACCUUCCCCUGGGGGAGAGUCCUUAGCACUGCUGGAUGCAGAGGGCGUGAGUGUACCCCCAGAGUGUGACCUGGUUCCUCCCACUGAGAGCAUUCCUGGUGGAGACAGGGAAGAAAUCGUGUCUAGGCCUCAUGCUGCUCCUGAAACAGUCAGCAAAGAAGAAAGUCCUCUGUGCGCGGGAAAUCAAGGCUCCCCAAAGGGCUUGGAGCCUCCCCUGAGUCCGGGAGAGGGUGAGGGCAGUCAGAGCGUCGGCACCGAGGCUGAGAGCAGAGACGCGCAGGCGCGGAGCCCCGACCCCCCCGGGAAGGAAAGCAGCACUGAUACUCACGAGGACCCCGGUGAGAGCAAGGCGAGCCAGGCAGCAGGUGGUGCAGAGCAGUCGGGGGGAGAGGGCCGUGAUGUCAAAUGCCUUUCAGAGAAAGAUGUGUGUGAGUCCAACAUUGACUCCCCCGAAGAGAAUAUGGACAGGAAGAGAAAAGGUAGAAAAUUCCCUGAGGCCUCUGAUCGGUGCCUCAGGAGUCAGCUUUCAGAUUCUUCUUCUGCUGAUAGGCACCUAAGGAAUUCGAGUUCAGAUUCUUCCUCUGCUUGUCCCGAUGUGAAGGUUUCUAAAAACCCUGGCACAAAACGUUCUAAAAAAGAAGGGUACUCUGGUGGGACAGCACCCGAGGACUUCCUGACCAGCAGUUUCCACACAGCAGUUCAGGAGGACACUGAAAACCCAAACGUCGAUGAACAGUCCUCUGAGAAGGAUGCUGAGCAGGAGGGCGAAGGAGGUGGCAUCGUUACCAGGCAGACUUUCAGAAGUAUGUUAGCAAAGGAAGUUAAGGGGGAAGAAGGGGAAGUUUCCUCCAUCAGUGACCCCAUAACCACAGCUGGCCAGCCCCUCCCUGGAGAGAGGCUGGAAAUCUAUGUUCAGUCUAAGAUGGAUGAGAAAAACACUCACAUCGCCUCAGCAACUACUCCUUUGAAGAAGGAACCAGAGCAAUCCAAAGAGAAGCCAGGGCCUACGCCCCCGCAGGCUGUAGAGGACGUGGUAGAUGAGGUGGACGGUGGAAGCACCCGGCAGAAGGAGGACGAUAGUGGCACCCCGUCCAGCUCCCUCGGGGCAUCAAAUGGCGGAAGUGGUGACUCUGUCGCACCACCGAAAUCAGCACCCCGGCCUAGAAGAGCGACUUCUUCAACCUACAACCUAAGACAUGCCCAACCUCUGGACUCCGAGCCCGAGAGAGUGACUGCAGGAAAGGAAGCUGCGCAAGUUCACCCAAGGCCAAAGGAAGAAGCGGCGUCAGAGAGCGGGGACCCCUUGGGCGAGGGUGAUGCGGAGACGGUGGUGGAUGAGCAGCCGAGGUUUGUGGAGUGGUGUGCCGAGGAGGAGAACCAAGAGCUCAUCGCCAACUUCAACGCUCAGUACCUGAAAGUGCAGAAGGGCUGGAUCCAGCUGGAGAGGGAAGUGCAGCCGGCACCGAGGGCGAGGAACAGGUCGGAUAAACUGAAGGAGAUCUGGAAAAGCAAGAGAAGGUCUCGGAAAUGCAGGGGCUCACUGGAGGUGCAGAAGUUCUCCCCCGUUCAGAUGCUAUUUAUGACCAACUUUAAGUUGUCGAACGUCUGUAAAUGGUUCUUGGAGACCACUGAAACCCGGUCUCUGGUCAUCGUGAAGAAGCUCAAUACUCGUCUCCCAGGAGACCUCCCCCCUGCCAAGCACCCUCUUCAGAAGUACUCUCCUUCCAGCCUGUAUCCCAGUUCACUGCAGGCCGAACGCUUGAAAAAACAUUUGAAGAAAUUUCCUGGAGCUACUCCUGCUAGGAACAACUGGAAGACACAGAAGCUCUGGGCGAAGUUCCGAGAGAAUCCUGAGCAAGCAGAGGCAGAAGAUGGCAGUGGCGUCAGCCUCAGCCCCGACUCGGAAGACAGCACGGAGGCAGGCAGUGAAGACAGGGGUGGCCAUCCUCCCGCGGACUUGCCCACUGCAGCCAGCACCCGGAUCCUUGGAAAAUAUUCCAAUAUCCGAGGAAAGCUCAGAGCCCAGCAACGUCUGAUGAAGCAUGAGAAAGCCGAAAGCCCGUGUGGUUCGGCUGUGGAAAGUAAACAGAAUCGGACUGGCGUCUGCAUCAACCCUUUAAUGUCUCCCAAGCUCGCCCUGCAGGUGGACGCGGAUGGCUUUCCUGUGAAGUCCAGGAGCACUGAAGGAACCAAGGGAAGGAAAGGGAAGCAGCCGUCUGAGACCUCGCCCCGGGCGGGGGUUCAGAACAGACGCAAGAGAGCAGAAUGCAGCAGUGCCCAGGACAGUCAGGACAAGGGACCAGCAGCGAAAGCCUCCAGAGACAAGCCUGUUGAUGCAACCACCAAAACCCCUUCUGCCAAGAAGCCAGCUGCGAGGGACAGAAACAGCCAGCUGCCCAAAAAGGUGUCUUUGAAAGAGAAUAGAGUGAAGGCCCCUAAGAAGUCCCCUGGGAAGAGCUGCCCUCCCUCCAGGAAAGAAAAGGAGAGUACAAACAGAAGACCUGCCCAGCCCACCUCAGACACACUGACAAAACCUGCGAAACAGAAGGUGGCAAGCGAGGCGUCUUCCAGGUCCCAGAAAGUCACGCACAGGAAGCAGACCAGUGGGAAGGCUCGGGCCAGACCAUUGGCGAAAAGCCCGCAGAACAGUGCGGCCCAGAGGAAGCGGAAGCUGAAGGCAAGGUUGGACCCUUCCCACAGCAAGCGGAGGCGCCUGGACGCCAAGUGAUUGGAAGGCUGCCACCGAGUGAGACUUUCCAUAGAAGUAACCUUUUAUUUUGCAUUAACUAAACCUGCUUUUAUAAGCUUAUCAAGCCUUUCAAAUCUACAGUUGAUCGAGAACACCACGAUUUGAGAUGUCACAAAAUGCGGCUCUGAGAAGGGAACUUGCAGAGUCCUUCUCCGAGACCGAGUAAGGGAAGUUAUAUAUUAUAUCCUGGUUGUUCCUUGGGUUUUAAACUUGGAACCAAGCAGUUUUCGUUUUUAAAAGUACAGUGCCUUAUUUAUCCUUUUUGUUUUUAAAUUUACAAAAGCUAAAAAGCUGAUCUAUGUGAUUAAAGGCUUGUAUUUUAUACUUGAUGCACAAGCACUUGUACCGUAGCCGAGAAGACCAUCCCACACCAGAGGAGCGCUCCAGCAGCCACCUGCAACGUCUGUCCGUGAGCAGGUGCCCUCUCAGCCCCAGCAGUGCCCGCCCUCUGUCCUGUCUGUCUGUUUAAAUGGUAUCUGAUAGCUAAGCCAAAUCAUUUUCAUGGUAUAUGGAGAUUGCAGAGGAUUUAUAGUCAUUAUAAAAGAUUAAUAUUUCUGUUCCUCCCUUUUAAAAGAUCAUAUUUGUUGUUGGUCACUCCUUUCACCUUGAUCUUUUGUCAUUUGGAAAAAAAAGUACCCUAAAUAGUGUGCCCGUGGGACAAAGGGUAUGUCGCCAGUGUUAAUUCUGACCUCUAAAAAUUAUUUGCGUUCCCAAGCUGUAUUCCUAGUUCUUACGGUCUUCAUUUUUGGCCUUGUAAGGUUGCUAGCGCUCUAGCAAGGUUUUCAUCCUACUUGAGGGAUUUUUUUUUUUUCCAAGUGUAACUGUGUUUUGACUACUAGGGUGACAGUGACUCUUCUUUCUUUCUUACCCAGAAAACUUCCGUAUUCAAAGAAAGUCAAAAUGUUAGUUCCAGUAAUAGAAAAGCUUAAGAGUAUGUGUGUGCACAUACAUUUGGGUGCAUUUGCAUGUGAUUACCAGCCGCAGAUGUCCCUCAGUCUAGGGUGUCCAUGAGCUGAGUAACUGGCACAGACAGGCCAGAUGGUUUUAAAGUGGCCCAGUGGGUCUGUGAGCGUCCCCAGUACCACUUUGACACCGAAUUCUUGUAGAAUGUUCUAAACAGCACGUUAUGGAUAGAAGCAGCUCCAGCCUCUCCUAGUGGGCCCACACUCCCUACCCCGGAGCUGACGUCCCCCCGGAAUGCUCAGAUGUGAAGGGACUUGUGGGAGAGGAUGUUCAUUCUGCCUCCUUAGUGCCAGCCUCACAGUCAAAUGUUCGUGUCACUCCUGUGAGUAUCGUGCCAGGCUCGCUCCGUGGCAUGGGAGUGAGAACUGCAGUCUUUGAUGUGUCCGAGUGAGGCCUGAGA